AUGGAUCAGCUGGAAGAAAAAGUCGCCAUCGUGACCGGAGGUGGCUCCGGCAUCAACCUCGAAUUUGUCAAGUUAUUGUUUGGGGCAAAGUGCAACGUACUUAUCGCGGACAUUGCCCUCCAUCCCAGGGCCACGGAGUGGCUCUCAUCCAUCCAGCAGAUAGGGCCAUUGUCGACGACGAGUAGUCCUCAGGUUGAAUUUAUCAAGACCGACGUCACCGACUGGGCUCAGCUGGAGUGGGCUUUUACUGUCGCCCAUGACAAGUUUGGCACCGUGCCCGAUAUUGUGGUUCCAGGAGCCGGUGUGUACGAGCCCUCCGCGAACUCGUUUUGGGAGGAUAAUGACAGUGACUCUCGGUACAAGGUGCUCGAUAUCAACCUCGUGCACCCUAUCAAGAUGUCUCGGCUCGCCAUUCGACACAUGAUCGAGGCGGGGAAAAAGGGGACCAUCAUCCACGUGUCUAGCAUUGCGGGCCAACGAUCGAGUCUGGUCACACCGCUAUAUCAGGCAAGCAAGCACGGCAUAAACAGCUUCAUCAGAGGGAUGGCCAGCUUGGAUUCCCUGGCCGGCAUUCGUGUCGUGGGGGUCGCACCGGGGACAGUGCAGACCCCGCUAUUCACGGAAAACCCUAAGGCUUCCAAAUUCCUCGACAUGAAGAAGGACUUUCUCCUCCCGCCCGAGGUUGUUGCUAAGGCGAUGUUGGCGCUCCUCACCGACGCCAAGUAUAAAAGCGGCACGGUCCUCGAGGUCUGCGACGUCGUCAAGUGGCGAGAGGUGUCGCUCCUCAACGACCCGGGGCCACAGGGUCCGGCCAGUUUGACGAGUCGCAAAGCCGAUGCGGUGAAGGACAUCAUGCGACAUUUGACUGCGGACGGAAACCCUGGUUCUGUGCCAAAUGUUAGGAUCAUCACUGAUUGA